GCCAAUAGUUGACAUGGGGAAAUAAUAUACGUGACAAACGCCCCUCCCCCCCCCGAGCCAGCACCCCGGGCGAACUGCCGGUUAAAGACAAGCAGAUUGCACGGGAAUGCACGCAGGUGAGCUGUGCCGCCUUAUCGUCAGCCCUGGACAAAGGGAUUAUGCGCCACCAAAUCGCUGCCCAGCAGACUUCGCAAACGAAGAUUUGGCCUUUGCGUCUCCGCCGGGCAAUGCAAAUUGCUACUCAGAAAGGGGGGGCGUGCCGUUGUUUUGUCGGCAGCGCUCCCCGGAUGCUACCUGUCAUUCAUAUAGAAUGGUGCAACGAUAGCGAGUGUACCAGGAUACAUAUGUGAUUUUCAGUGCAGUGCUACGAUCAUCAACCGUCCCCAUGGGACAAGCAUUAUGUGCUUUAGCUCAUAUCGGGAGUCAACCGGCCAGGCUGUUUGCUACUGCUACCGACCCUUUCUGUUCGGACCUGUAAUUACUGUACGCGGCAUUCGGUGGAGGAGGAGGACGCUAACAACGGAUGGUACUGCACAUACAGUAGAUGGGCUCUCCACUCCCAGUGUACGCUAAGCCCCAUCGGCGUUUUUCUUUGUCGUCAUCUCCUGCUGCCACAACUGAGCGAGAGCCGCACCCCCCUCUUCCUCUUCUUGCUUAGACAACGGGACUUUUCACGGCCCCCAGCCCAGACCUCGAUCACCCACGACUGCGCUAUCUGAUUCAUGCCGACACUGUCGGCCAGCCCUAUUUCACUGCGAACGGCAGCACGCGUUUCUCAUCGUUUGUGGCAGCAGGCUAUGUCUACUACCGUUGUUGCCGGGCGUAGAAGCGAGACGCCAUGGCGAGCCGACUUUCUGGACCACAUUGGCCAGCUGCCGUCGCCGGCGUUUAGCUUGAGCUCCUUGCACCGCUUGUCUGAUGCUUCCCACGCCGUUGUGCCACGAUGCCGCACCGUAAUAUUUCGAGGCAUGUGGGCAUAUCUGCCGAACAAUCCCAAGAAUCCCGCCCCCCGCAAUCCGCUGUCGUUGCAGACAGACUUACCCGUCAUCACCACAGAUGUGCGCAUGGAAAAGAUCACAGAGCUGCUUGGCAGCGCCUCGUCGUCGUCCCAGGAUGCCAGCUCACCAGCAUCUGGACCGGGGGGGACCGUCGAGGCUGUCUUUUGGGUUCCGCAGACCAUGACCCAAUGGCGAAUUCAGGGGCACACAUAUGUUGUUGGUCCUGAUAUUGAAUCGGAUGCCGCUGCGCCUGUCCGGGCUGCAGUUGGGCAACAUAUGCAGCGAAACAACCCCGAUGUCGACUUGUCGUCCUGGAGCUGGACAAAGGAAUUAACAGCCCACUUUGGCAACUUGAGCCCGGGUAUGCGAGGUUCGUUCCGCAACCCGGCACCGGGAACCCCCAUCACACAGGAGCCGGGAGAUGGCCUAGGGCUGGGACAAGAAGUCCACGAUCUGGAAGAUGCCGUGGCUCGUGGCAACUUCCGUGUCAUUAUCAUUGUGCCCGAGGCGGUAGACAGGGUAGAUUUAUCCGACCCCAAUCGCGCAAGGCGCUGGAAUUAUCAGGCCGUGGCUGAUGGCCCAGAACCUGGGUGGAAGUCGACGGAGCUCUGGCCCUAACACUGCCUUGCAAGAUUUAGCCAAACGGCGCGCCGAUCUGUGAUCGUAAAUAGACAUAUUAUGCACAAGGAAGAAAAGCUCAUGGGGGUGGAGUGGCUAUAUGCAAUGUUGGCUUGCAUAAUGCGUUGUUGCACAUGAGUGUGUGUGUAUUAUAUCUGCGGUAUAGAUGCAGCCACGACUCAUGGAUACUAGUUCCCAGACGUAGCAAUAAAAAUCGAGGGGGAGGGGGCCAAACAGUCAUCUCAUUUUCAGCCAGGAUAUUACGAGAAGUGUCUUUGUCCGCGUCAGCGAUGUCGUAUGAUGAUUGCAGCUGACGAUGGGAGAAUACAAGCACCUAGUCGCAUGAUGGAAGUUUACGGGCUACCAAAAGUAAAAAAAAAAACCGGGUUUUAGUAUGAAGAUGAUGGACUUUUAAUAUAGCAUUAGAGCUUAAGUGCCUCUAGGUUAGCAUUGGCGUCAGCUUGGGACAGGUCCAAUCUGACAAGCUGGCUAAGAAGUAUGCCAACAUCUCAUAGCAACUAUUCGUAGCUCAACCUUUACUAGGAUAUUCAAUUAAACUCUGCAGAUUUACUCAAAAUACUGGAAACAUCCCGAACGAAAAGACAUUCACAUUUCCGCUACAGAUUUA